AUGGACACAAAUACUUUAGCUCCCGAAAUUACAGAUGGUGUAGAUCUUUAUCAGCUUCUUCAGAUCUCUUAUGAUGCUUCAGAGGCGGAAAUUAGACGAGCAUAUCGCAAGACGUCUAUUAAAUAUCAUCCUGAUAAAAACUCAGGAGCUGACGCUGCUCAAAAGUUUCAACUAUUACUGCUGGCUCUUGAAACUUUAACAACACCAGUAUUGCGCACCAAAUACGAUGGAUUGAUGCGCGCACGGACCCAAAAGUCUCAACGUGACCAGGCACUCAGUCUUGAACGGCGACGUUUGCAAUCUGAUUUAGAACGACGAGAGGCACAAGCAGCUAUAUUAACAAGCCGAGCUUUCAAUCAGCAUCAGCUUAAAAAGCACCAUGUCGAUACUCUUAAAGAGGAAGGUGUGAAACGGCGCAAAACUAAAGACACCAACAUUGUAUCAACUCUUACUUCAACUGAAGAUGGUUCUUCUAAAGAUAAGACAUCUAAAACAGUAUUUAUUAAAUGGAUUGCAUCGAAAUCCGAUAAUAUUACGGAAUCUCAACUUUGUAAUCUUUUAAAGCCUUAUGGUCCUAUAAAAUCUGUUCAUAUUGUACUUUCUAAUACCCAACCUUCGAUAUCUAAAACUAUCAAAGGACUCAUCUUGUUCCAAAGUGAUCAAUCAGCUCUAAACUGUUAUCAAUUAUUAAAAAAUAAAAGUUUUCCUUCGAAUGAUGAGUUCUUCAAUAAUAUCAAAAGUGUUUAUUAUCAGAAUGUAUUGUCAUCAUCUCAAUCAGACAAACCUGAUGUUGAACAACCAUAUUCAUAUACCAGAAAUGUUUCCAUAGAAGAAAAGAUUGCACGAAUACGUAUUAAACUUAAAUCAUAA